AUGUCUUACGCGACACUGACCACGCGGUUCGACCUGCCGUCACCGCCACCCAAGAGCGUCUUCUCCACCGUUCACAAUGAAGCAGGUCGAGCAUGGUUUCCCGACUUCACUCAAGCCCAGGAUCCCGUCAGCUCGUUGCGAGACUUCGUCAAGAACCUUUUCUAUCCAACAUUUCGUUCAAGCACAUUUGUUCAACUCAAGGUCGUAUCGGUCAUCACGGCCAUUAUUGGCAUUUCGAUCUUUCUUAUCAUUCUGCGGAGGCUGUAUGAAAGGUCCUUUUGGCUCUUCCGACUCGUCAAGCGCAGCAAUGGUACGCUUAUUGUGCCGAACGCCGUCACCUCUUUCGUAGCCGUCGAAAGCACUUUUGCUAUUCUGCUGAUUGCUUUAUGCUGGGAAGUGGUCUCCUGGUACCAGUACGGUCAGUCGCCCAAGUACAUGAUUCUGUGGAUCGGUCUGACCUGGUUGCCACUGAUCCUCGGCGCUUGGUGCACCACCGUUGGUAUCAUCUACGCACGACCCAACGCACUCAGCUUCGUCUCCCCACAUCCUACCAAAACGGACAGCUGGGCGCUCCGCAUGGGUAUCACUCCUGCAGUCGUCAACGUCACCGUCUUUCUCAUCCCCGUGGUCCAGACCGUCACCGUUGUCGUCCCAGCUGUCCUGGCGCAGCGUCGGUUCAGCGAGGCUUUCGACCACUACCACCGCUGGUCUGCAGCGCUGCAGCCCGGUCAAGGUCUCACGCGAGACCUGUUGCUGGAGGCGCAGCAGAUCUGGUUCAAGGUUCUUGACGCGGCGUACUUCAUCUCGAUCUGCAUGGCCAUCUGGGAAGCCUGGGUGUGCGCCUUGUUCAUCUGCUACUGUUUGGCGGGAGGUGCGCUGAUCAACACCCUGCGACGACAGAUCAAGACGCUGAAGUCAUUUCAGCAGAAUCGUUUUGGCGAGUCGUUCGCCGUCCUGAAUGCGGAUCCGACCCAGCUUCGUCGCCCGAGCGAGCCCUCGGUCUCUGCCAUCAUCGCGGAUGCAAUGGCUCGGAAUGACGUGGACGUCGAAAAGCAACCCGUCGACACGUCGAGCCCACCCCUGUUCGCUGGGCCAGUGAAACCGCGCUCUCUGUCUACGUCAACGACCGUUUCCGAAAACGCCACGCUGGUUUCUCGCGAAGCCAGCAUGAAGCGCAAGAGGGCCGGCAGCAACGCUUUGUCGGCUACUACCAAAACUGAAGUCGAAGGCGGUGACGAUACCGAAGCGCAAACGCAGUCGAUGUACUUCACGCACGAAGAGCUGGAGGACGAAGACCGACCCUCGAACAGCUUCUUCCCCGCCGUCCGGCCCUCUGCCUUCGAGCGUCCCGCCAAAGCCCGCUCACCAGCCGGCAAGCAGACCUCGCAGAAACGAUACCUCGAAAAGUUCUACAACAACUUUGUCGUCCAAUUCGUCGGGCUCAUGCUCUGCAUCUUGUUCUUCGCCAUCUUCUGUGGCAAGCUCAUCACGACGUGGUACUCGGCUUGGGAGGCGAACGAUCUGGGGCCGGCGUUGCAGAUCGCGCUGCUCGUGGUGGUCUGGGUGACAAUCAUUCUGGCGAGCGUCAUCAUCUUUGCGAUCUUGGGGCGGACGUACGAGCCGGUGCUGUCGAACAUUGGUUCUGCCGCUCAAGGUCGGUCGGACGACGACAGAUGUGCUGACCUGCACAAGGCUGGGGUCACGAGAAAGCGCGGAGGAAGUUUGACGGGCGCCAAGGAGUGGGCAGCGUCGCACUUCUCGAAAGAGCGACAUGGUCAGAGCAUUGGUAUGGGCGAUCUGCCAUACAGUCGUAGGCAGGGUCGCAGCGCAACUUUGUCCGGACCACCGAGUUCGAUGCUGCACUACGCCGAGCUUACUGGGGGACACUCGUCCCCACGAGUAGACCUACUCUCCGUCAGUCCCAAGAGUCAGCCGCGACCUUUCGGCCUAGCCGAUCCGAGGAGUUCGUCGCAGGCCGAUGGCACACAUACUCGCGCAAGAUCCGUCACGGAGCCACGCCGGAAGCGGUCUCUACGAAGCUCGGAUUCUGUGACGAAGAGGAAGGGUAGCGUGGGUGGUGUGGUCGUCGAGCAGACGGUGAGCACGAUCAUCGAGGAUCCUGCCGUGGAGGAGCACUAUCUGACAGAGCAAGAUUGCGGAUCGUUUGCGGCGUCGUCGUCAAGGCCAGGCAGUUCCUGGCUGACCUCGCUCGACAGCAUGUCGAACGGGCACAGUACCUCCCUGACCGGAUUUGACCCGGAGCAGAAGCAAUAUUGGGACAGCCUGCUACCGCGUCAACCGGACAGGGUGCUCACUGCUCGCGAGGAAGGGGAGGACUUUGUGCUCGUCCAGCCUGGGCCGAAGUCUUCACGGCUGUCUCGGCCAGGCACCUGCUCGUCCGGACUCGGGCUCAUGACAGGAGCCUCGCCAUGGUCCGCGCCGCUGGGCUGGAAUAGCCCGGAGCCAGACAUGAACCUUGUACGCGAAGACGCUGAUCGGCGGUCACGCAUCGGUUCACAUUCGAGCAACACCAAGACGCAGCCCUGA